AUGGUGGUCCACGCUGACCUGAAGCCUCUGAAGUGUGAGAUCUGUGAACGAUGUUUCUCAUUGAAAUCCAACCUGAAGGGCCACAUGGUGGUCCACGCUGAUCUGAAGCCUCUGAAGUGUGAGAUCUGUGAACGAUGUUUCUCACUGAAAUCCAACCUGAAGGGCCACAUGGUGGUCCACGCUGACCUGAAGCCUCUGAAGUGUGAGAUCUGUGAACGAUGUUUCUCACUGAAAUCCAACCUGAAGGGCCACAUGGUGGUCCACGCUGACCUGAAGCCUCUGAAGUGUGAGAUCUGUGAACGAUGUUUCUCGCUGAAAUCCAACCUGAAGGGCCACAUGGUGGUCCACGCUGAUCUGAAGCCUCUGAAGUGUGAGAUCUGUGAACGAUGUUUCUCGCGUAACAACAACUUGAAACAACACAUGCUGGUCCACUCUGGCGUUAAACCGUUCGAGUGUGACACGUGCACGAGACGUUUCUCUCAACGUCAUGACCUGAAACGUCACCAGCGGAUUCAUACUCGUGAGAAACCUUUCAAAUGUGAAGUGUGCACAAAAUGUUUUACAAGCAAAGCCAGAUUAAAGUGCCACAUGUCUGUUCAUACAACUGACAAUGAUAUAUGCAGAUCUUGA